AUGAAAGCUCUGGUGACGACUAUCCUUGGAAGCCUGUUACUAGUGGGCUCCAUCCAGGCUUACAAUGAAAUCUGUAUCGGUGUGCCUAACCUUACUUACGUGAGGAGCCCUCAAGCAUGCUACCUUUACUACGCCUGUAUAGAUGGUCAGGCAUAUGGAUACACAUGUCCCGAAGACCUUUGGUUCUCUAUGGAGUUGCAACGUUGCGUGCUUAAGGACGAAGCCGACUGUGACAUUGAACCUGCACCGGAACUCCCGGAAGCACCGCCAAGACCACCGUCACCAGAAUGCGAAAAUGUGCCCGAUUUUACCUACCUCCCGAGCACUGUAUCUUGUCAAUUUUAUUACCAAUGCAUCGAUAAUUUCGCCUAUCGGCUAUCGUGUCCGCGCGGAUACUGGUUCAGUGUUGAGCUCGGCCGUUGUGGUAAUCGGUUUGAGGUUGAAUGUGACAUAGAAGAACCUACACAAACCCCUACGGCUCCACCCGGUCCUUCAGAGCCUAAUCUUUGUUUUGGUCGUCCAAACUUUUCUUAUGUACAAAGCCCACAAUUUUGCCAAUUAUUCUACUACUGCCUUAACGGUACACCCUUUCCUAUGAUCUGCCGCAACGGAUUCUUUUUCGAUGAAAAUACGCAGGACUGCAUUCCGGAGGAAGACACAGAGUGCAAUAAUCCUGGUUUACCGGGCUCAACUCCAGGGCCAACGCCAGGAAUUUGCAACAAUAUAAAUGAUGGUGAAAUGGUUAUUAAUCCACAGUUCUGCAAUCAGUACUAUGUCUGUGUGGAAGGCACUGCGUAUCCCACACUUUGCCCUGAUGGCACGUGGUUCGACGAGGAGCAGCAAACCUGUGGCAAUCCUAUUGAUGUUUUCUGUCCGAAUGGUCCACCUACUACACCGACUCCGAACGUGUGCGUCGACAUUGAGGAUGGUGAGUACGUUCCCAGUCCACAACGUUGCGAAGCGUAUUAUGUUUGCUCGGGCGGUAUCGGAUAUAUUCUAUACUGCGCACCCGGACUAUGGUUCGAUCAAAUCACUCGCGAGUGCAUCUCACCUUCUGACGCUAUUUGCAAUGUGCCGACACCUCCGACUCCACCGCAAACACCAACUGUACCACCAACUGUUCCGCCAACCGGACCACCGGAAACGGGUAACCAGCAGUGUAAUGGACUCCCCAAUGGUACCUACGUGCCCAGCCUAGACGACUGCAGUCGUUUCUACAUCUGUUUCAAUGAGGGUGCAUAUCCAAGUAAUUGCCUGGGUGGCUUGUUAUUCAACCCGGAAACGAUGCUUUGCGACUUGCCGGAGAAUGUGCUGUGUAACGCACCACUUCCGAAAUUUGGCGUCUAA